AUGGGUAAAAUCAUUUUGUUGAAGAAUAAAACCGUACCUGAAGAUCCAUAUGAUCUUAUAUUUAAAGAACAUGGAUACCAGCCAUUAUUUCUUCCACUAUUAAAGCACACCUCAGUUAAUGAAGGUGCCAUAUUGGAGUUCAUCAAAUCCGAGGAGUUUCUUACAGAAUACAAGGCUCUUAUCAUUACAUCACAGAGAUGCAUAGAGACGUUGGACACAAUUUUACGAAUUUUGAGGGAGGAGGGUUUUGACAAACUAGAUGGUAUACUAAACAAGCCUUCAUAUACGGUAGGUCCGGCUACCUCGCAGGUAUUGAAAAGACUGGGUUUCACAAAUAUUAGAGGAGGAGAUAAAGCUGGAAAUGGAUCUAUCUUGUCUGAUUUAAUUAUAGAUGACCUGUUACUUGAAGCAGAUCGUACAAAAAAGGUGUUGUUUCUUACCGGUGAGAUACAUAAGGACGUAAUUCCUAGGAAGUUAAGGCUGGCCAACUUUUCGAUGAAGGAACUGAUUUCCUACCGAACAGAACCUUUAGAGGAUAUAGCGAGUAGAUAUUUACGGAUUUUGGAUGGAGUCAACUUUCGGGAAGAUAACUGGAUAGUUUUUUUUAGUCCCCAGGGUACUCAAAAUAUUGUAGAGUAUCUUAAAGAGCAUCGCGGUAACUUCAAGGUUGCCUCUAUUGGUCCUACCACCGAAAUAUACCUAGAGAACAACCAGAUGAAGGCAGAGGUGGUGAGCAGGAAGCCAAAUGCUACAGAAUUGGUAAGAUCCAUCGAAGAAUAG